UCCUCCACACAGGAGAGUACCGAAAAGCAAAAAGUCGGUCAGAUUUCCGUGAGAUUCAUUGUAUGACACUGAUGACUUAGCUACCACUUGGAAAAUGGUAAAAUCUCUGUUUCAACAGGCUCUUGACUUUGUUGGUGAUAACCAGAAAAUAUUUAAACUAGACAGCAUAACAGCACUUCCAUGCCAUGUUCAGGAGAAAUUUUUACCAUACCUGAGUGCACAUGACCUGUACUUUUUAUCAGAGCAGCAAUCACAUAAUCUCAAUGCAUUAAUUUUAGACCAGAUAUGGAAUCUUCAUGUACAAAGAAGAUGGUCCAGAGCACAGAUUGUUAUGAAUAUUUUCCAUGAGGCAGGAUUAAAUGAGAAUGCUAAGCUGGUCUAUUUACAAAAAUAUUUUUUGGAGAUUCUAAGUUAUUGUUCAAUCAACUUAAACACUGUUGAUCCAAUAUCUCUAUUCCACUGUCCUCUUCAUAAGAUGAAUAGACCUUGGCCAUCAGACGCAGUAGUGAAAGAUCCUAAUGACUUAACUUUACAUAAGCAAGAUUUAAUGAAAUACUCAAAAUAUGCUGAGACUUUAACUAUUAUUGGUACACAGUGUAGCUGGAUAUGUGGAAAUAUUCAUAUCUUGAAUGCUUUAAAAAAUGUAACUAAAAUAGUGCAAAUACAAGCUGUAAAUGAUAAAUAUUACGAUAGUAUCAAACAUUUACUACACACCCUAAUAAACCAAGGAAAGGUAACUCAUGCUGUAUUUUCAAUGGUCAAAUUGAAUAGGGAUAAUUUAAGUGAUUUAAUGCAAAUUUGUGCUGGCAUACAUUAUGAAAAUCGUAAUGAAAUUGCUGAAAAGACUAGAAGACAAAAUGAACAGAUAGAAAAUGCCACUUUUGACAGUUUUGACAGAUCAGAACAUGAAUUGGGCAAAGAUCUGCCAUCUACCUCAUAUAAUAUACCUGACGUUAACUUUGAUACAAAAGAAACUGUUCAGAUAGUAAAUAAACCAGAUUAUUAUCCAGAGCUGGAUCAGUAUUAUGAGGACCUAGAGAUAGGAAUGGACAACACUUACAAACCUGAUACCAGUAAUGAAACUGAUACCAGUUAUGAAAUUGAUUUAUUUGAUGAAGCAGUUACACCAAUACCUAGCAAAGAUCCAUCAAUUUCAAGAGAAUUUUAUUGCCCAGAUGGGUCAUAUAUUUGUUUAAAAGGAGUUAAAACAUUUGCUAUGCUGAAUACAAAUUCACAUUGUAAAGAAGAUUUUGGAAAUGUGUUGAUUGAAGUUUUGCCACACUGGACAUCUCUAACAAAAUUUGCUAUAUUUGAUACAGAUGCCGAGUCAGAGGAGAUGGUAAAUCAUAUUGUGAAGAAACUUGAGGACCAUCAGUUGACACAUUUAGUUAUAGACGAUGCUAACCUUCACCAGACAUUCUUUGAAAGAUUACUUAAUACAUUCAGAACUCAUUAUAGAAUUUCCAACACAAAAAAUAUGUCACAUAGACCAUUAGAAUUACUUGAUUUCCAAGCAUGCCUAAAGUCUCUUUCUGCAGGUGAUCCUGUACCUUUUGAAGGACCCAUUUGUGGAAUACAGAGAUUAGAUCUGAGUAUGACAACCAUUCUAGAUUCUGGAUUUUCCCUGCUGUUGGAACAUUUGAAGAAUGAUACAGCUCUUAAACACCUUAAAUUAAAUGGAUGUUUCUUAAGAGAAGACCAAGUCCUGAAACUUUUAUCAAUCUUGUCAGAAAAAUGUCAGCUAGAAACUUUGGGAUUAAGUGGAAAUAAAGUGAGGGAGGAUGAAGUAGAGUCAGAGCUGAUCAAAUUUAUGGCAAAUAACAAAAGAUUACAGACAUUAAUUCUAAACUACAGUCGUCUUAGAUGUCAAUUUGUUGACAGUGAUAUUUUUAUGGAAACAGUUUUGACACAUCCGAGCUUAAGAGAAUUAUCUGUAAAGAAUAAUCACUUAAAAGAAACUGUAUGUAGACUUUUGAAGAGGGUGUGUUGUGCCAAGAAUCCUUGUUACCUUCGUAGUCUGAAUAUUGGAUAUAACUGGGUAAAAGGAGCUGAAUUAGUUGAGACAGCACAAGAAAUAAUAGCAUUUAGAAAAUCUCAUCAAAUGUUUGGACCAGUACUAGACUUUUUGUGUCUGAGUGGCAACCGUUUACAUCUGUCUGAUAGCUCUCAGAGCAGAUUGUGGAACGUGUUUGAUGGUUUAGUCAAGGACUUGGAAGUAGAUAGGAUAGAUUAUAACAGACCAUUUGAUGAACAUCUUGCCCAGAUGUAAAAUGUAUAAUUGUAUUGUGAUUUAUAAUGGAUAUUUUGAUAAUGAAAGCAAUAUUUAUUAAAAUGUUAUUAUUUUC